CGCGGUGCCUGGGGCGGCAACAUGGCGUCCAGGUCCAAGCGGCGUGCGGUGGAGAGCGGGGCUCCGCGGCCGCCGGGCGGUCAGCUCCAGCGCGACGAGCAAGAAGAGGAAGAUGGAGUCGAGGAUGAGGAGGAAGACGAGGAAGAUAGUGGCGAGGAAGACGACGAGGUCGUCGACGAGGAAGUGAACAUUGAAUUUGAAGCUUAUUCCAUCUCAGAUAACGAUUAUGACGGAAUUAAGAAAUUACUGCAGCAGCUUUUCCUAAAGGCUCCCGUGAACACUGCGGAGCUAACAGAUCUCUUGAUACAGCAGAGCCACAUCGGGAGUGUGAUUAAGCAAACAGAUGUGUCAGAAGACAGCGAUGAUGAUGUGGGUGUUGAUGAAGAUGAGGUUUUUGGUUUCAUAAGCCUUUUAAAUUUAACCGAGAGAAAGGGGACCCGGUGUGCUGAGCAAAUUAAAGAAUGGAUUCUGAGCGGCUGUGGCCAGAGCGGGGAGAAGAGUGUGGCUGAACAGCUGGAGAAGCUGCUGAGUGACACCACCAGGCCUGUGGGCCUCCUCCUGAGCGAAAGAUUCAUUAACGUCCCGCCCCAGAUCGCCCUGCCUAUGCACCAGCAGCUGCGGAAAGAACUAGCGGAGGCACACGAAACUAAUAAGCCGUGCGGGGGGUGUUCCUUCUACCUUCUGAUUAGUAAGACGUUUGUGGAAGCAGGAAAAAACAACUCCAGAAAGAAAUGGAACAGCCAAAAGAAAGAUGAAUUGAUGUUCGCAAAUGCAGAAGAAGAAUUUUUCUACGAGAAGGCAAUCCUGAAGUUCAGCUUCUCGGUGCAAGAGGAGAGCGACACGUGCCUGGGAGGCAGAUGGUCUUUUGAUGACGUCCCGAUGAAGCCCCUGCGCACGGUGAUGCUGAUCCCGGCCGACAAGAUGAGCGAGAUCAUGGAUAAACUGAAAGAACAUCUCUCUCUGUAGCCUGAUUCCCAUGGACAGUGAUGGGCCGGCUUUUGCAAGAUUACUAGAAAACUCAGUGGAGAUUUACUCAAAAACCUGUGACUUUAUUCUGAGUAGGGUCUUCUACAAAAAGUAGGGUUCUGCCACCCGUGUCUGUGACACAUUUAUAAAAUGUCUUUAUUUUUUUCAUUUUGGUCAAAUCAUGAAUGGUUGAUUAAAAAGUUUCCCAAUGAGAAGAAAAACAUGCAGUAGUAAUCUAAGAACUCAAUAAAAACUUUUUGUUUUUUAAAAUAAUAUACAAA